AUGGUGGUCCUGCGCGUGUGGCCGCUGGCCGCCGGGUCCGGUCUGCCACCUGUCAAGGCGGUGCUGGCUGGCGGCUCCUGUCGGCGGCUGCUCGGUCGGUGGACCAUCGUAGUGAAGACCGUGGCCGCGGCCUUUGCUUCGGCAUCCUCGCUGCUGCUCGGCGUUGAGGGGCCGAUCAUCCAGGCCAGCGCGGCCGUGGCGUAUUCCGUCAGCCGGGCCUUCCCGCGCCUCGGGGCGUCGGCCCUCCCCCGGCGGGACAUGGCCAUGGCUGGAGCCUGUGCCGGGGUGGCAUGCAGCUUCCAGGCGCCCCUCGGCGCGGCGCUGUAUGUCAUCGAGGACUGUGGAUACUUUGUCUCGCCGGUGGUCAUGCUCAAGUGCCUGUGGACCGUGGCCGUGUGCCUGUUUUUCUACUCGUUCCUGGACCCCUACCGGCUCGGCGCCCUCGGGUCACGCUUCGCCGUGUUCAAUAAGCCCCUGAUCCCGGUGACUUGGAAUUACAUCGACCUGCCGGGGCUGCUGCUGGUGGGCCUGCUGACCGGGGCCCUGGGGGCCAUCAUCAUCCGCCUGAUCAUGACCCUGAAUCGGCUGCGCCGGCGGUCGCCUUUGCGCCAGGCCUUCGCGCGGUGGGCCUGGCCCGGCAUCCUGGAGGCGUCCCUGGUGGCCAUGAUCACGGUGGCCUCGCAAUUUUACUUCCCCCUGGCCUGGCCCGGGCAGGCGGUCCUUCUGCGGACGCUCUUCGGCGAGUGCUCCACCAAUCCGGACAGCCUGCCGCUGGGCCUGUGCAACUUCCAGGAUGUCGGGGGUCUGAUUGGGCGCCUGAUUGGGGCCUUCUUCUUGAAAUUCGCCCUGCUGGCCGUGUCGGCGGGCCUGCGCGUGCCGGCUGGCAUCUUCAUCCCCUCUCUGGCCCUCGGGGCACUGUUCGGCCGCAUGGUCGGCACGCUGCUCGGCUACUGGGCCAUCAAUGACCCGACGUCGCUGGCCUUCCAUCGGUGCGCCGUGUCGGGCAUCGCGUCCUUCCCGGCCUCCUGCGUGUCGUUGAGCAUGUAUGCCAUUGCCGGGGCCGCUGGCUUCAUGGCGUCCACCUCUCGCAUCACUUUUGCCUCGGUGGCCAUUGUGGUGGAGGCCUCCGGCCAGACGCAGUACAUCCUGCCUGUGUGCCUGGUGGUGGCUGUCUCCUACUGGGUGUCGCGUGUGAUUCACCCGGCCGGCAUCUUCGAGGAGCUGCUCAUCUUCGACGGCCACCCGUACCUGGAGCGCAAACAGAACUACUCCCGCCGGGAUAACGUCCUGGAUUUGGUGGCCCUGCGGCCGGUGUACAAGGCUCGCUCGGCUCCGGGGCCGGCCCCGGAGCUGGCGUACCUGCUGGCCGGGUGGUCGCGGUCCAGCUUCCACCCGGGGUCCGGCCACACGGAGGAGGACUCCAUCGGCCGGCCGCGCCGGGUGGGGGCCAAGCUCGCGGCCAGGCAGCCAGCGGCCCCGGGCGACCCGGCGGGCGACCCGGCGGGCGAUCUGCCACCACUUGAGGCGCCGCUGCUGGCCCUGCCGUGCUUGAUCCGGGCCGGGGCCCUGCGCCGGGCGCUGGAGCUCCGGUCCGUGGUGCACCCCCACCGGCCGGGGGACCGGGCGUCCGAUCGGCCCCCACGAGCGUACCCGAUUGUGGACAGCCUGGCGACCAUGCGUCCGGUGGGCUUGGCCUCGCGGCUGGACCUGCUGCAUGCGCUGUCCGGCAGGGCACUGCCCGGGGAUGGGGUCGGGUGUCGCGCUCCCCGGGCCACUCGCCGGCCGCCGUGGGCGCGCUUGGACUUGGGCCUCUUCGCGGAGGGCGGCCUGUGGAGGGCUUUCAUCCCGGCCGAGCAGGACACCGUGGAGUCUCGCCGAGUGCGGGCCGAAGCCCGUGCCGGAGCCGCGCCCGACAGCGACCUGGACGCCGACUCGAUGGCCGUCGAGCUCGAGGCCGACGAGCUGGAUGAGCUCGAAGAGCAGGCCGACCGCCGGGCCAGCCGGAGCGCCGCCACCAUGAGCGAGGCCGAUGACGCCGGGAGCUGCUCUUCCGGGCAGCCGGGGUCCAUUCCGAUGGUCCCGCUCGGGGGGGGGACCGGGACCCCCAGCGAGGGGGACUCUCAUGCCGAGGGCGGGUCGAUCCCCGACUCGGCGGUGAUCUACCUCGGGCCCGGGCCGCCGCCCCGGGGGGCCCUGUCCUUCGGGCAGUUUGUGGACUUUGUGCCGGUCACUGUAUCGGAGAUCUUCCCAGUCCGCAGCCUGAUCACCAUGUUCCAGCAGCUGGGCAUCCGCGCGGCGUUGGUCAGCCGGGCGGCCCUGUCGCCGGAGGGGCUGCUGCUGCCCGGGCUGCCGUCCGAGGCCCCUCCUCCCGAGCUGGAGGGGGGCUCCCCGGGUCGGCCGCCAUCGGCCGAGGGCAGCCCGCCUGCCGGGCCGGCGGCCACGGCGCCCUCCACCCAGUCGCCCCGAUCGCCGCCCUCAUCGGCGGGCGACUCGGUCAAGUCCUCCGGGCCGAUGGACGCCGCGGACUUGUUCGCCCGUUCGCCGGGGAACUGGCCAGGUGACGGUGGGGGCCCGGUCGGGGCGGUCGGCCACCCGGCGGUGGGCUCCUUGGUGGCGAUGAUCACCCGGCGCGACGUCCUCCGGCACACCCUGGGCCGGGACCGGCGCAUGUUAGACACUCUCGAUUAG